CGAACGCACGCACACACCAACCGCCUUGGAAAGGACGAGGCGUGACAUCGAAACAUGAUUAGCAUAGGCAGGCGGAUCCAUGGGCCACCGGCCACCGGCACCGCCGGGCUGUUCCUCAUCGUCAGCCUCACGGUCGCCACCGUAGCCGCCCUUCCGGCUCCAGCCCAGGAGAGUGUGAAAGUGGAAAAUGCUGUUCCGGUUGACUCUUCGGCGAUGCUCGAGGCGGCUCUCUGUCUGAUGAAGAGCAAUCCGGGCCAAUGUGUACGGCAGCAGGCAGCCCGUGUGCUCGGCAACUGGGAAGACAUCCUCAACACCAAGAAGCUGGAAAUAUUGGCUGAAGCCGACAAAGAGGUUACCAGCAGGCAGCAAAGCCGUGGUCUCAGCGACGCCGAGAUAGCGCGCGGUAAACCCUCGACGCUGAUGCAACAGAUCGAAACCGGUCUCGGUGUGCUAUCGGAUUUCGUAUCGGAGGGCGUCGAUGAAUACGUAUCCGACGAGGAGAAGGUCAAAGCCGGCGAUGAGGCGACCUCGAAAACGCACAUCCACCACCUGCUGCACAAACUAGGAAAGCAUAAGCAUAAGAAGAAGAAGACCUUCAUGAAGCUGUUCAUCAUCGGUGCGGCACUGAAGGCAAAGAUUGAGCUGCUGCUCAAAAUUUUGUCCUUCAAGCUGCAGCUGAAGUUCUUUGCCGUCGCCCUGAUCGGUCUGAUCAUCAACAUUGCCCGGUUCUGGCUGGACUUCAAGAAGCAACCGUCACCACAGAAGGUGAUCUACUACGAGCAUGCCCAGCAUCAGCAUCAUUACGAUGAUCAUGGCGACGAUUUCGGUGGCUACUGGCAGCGUUCACUGCACGGUGCGCACGACGAAGAGCCCUAUCAGCGGCAGGACGAUCUGAUCGCGUACCGGAACCCAAAGCAUACCCAAACGGCACCUCAUCAUGCUGCAGCGAGCCGGCUUGCCGAUCCACACGUACUAGCGUAUCAGCAGCAGCGGCCAUAUUGAGAGCUUCCUUCUUGCGUGGCAAAACGGAACUGAAUCUAUCGUGUCGUUCGUGGUUUCGUCACGUGCCCUGCAUCCUACAACCCCACUUUCUUACUUCCAAGCCCAGGGUUUGAGGCUUGUGUGCAUGUGUACGUCUGCUUCGGUCACUCCGUUGCGCUGCAGCUAACGAAAAAGUAGCAUUUAGUUUCCAGUUUUACAGAAUUUAGAUCGCUGUAUUUCACCCAGUUCCGGAGUAAUCAGUGUCUUCGACGUAACAUCUUUUUAACUCAGAGUUUUGUAAAAAUUGUAGAAACAAACAUUUGGCAUCCAUUGUUCGUUGGCCGUUGUACGGCUGCUGCUGGUUGCAGCUCGAGUUCACUUUGAGCAAAAUCGCGACGUUCGCUCAAACGACAUCAAGGAAGUGAGACGAACUAGACACGAAGCUGCAUGCACUCACCUGCUGGGAACACGUUAUUUAUUAAAACAAAUGUUAACUUAUUGCCUUAUUUAUUGCCCCAUCCCCACGAAGCUAAAACGAACCAUCCCAUGGAACACGGUAAACGUGCGGUAGUCAAACCUACCUUCUCGUGCAACGUUUCCUAUAGUUUUUUAAGAGUUUUGU